AGUGCCGCUGUCAGUGAGAUUGACUCAGCAGAUGCCUGGUCUCACACGCUGACAUAAGAGCAUCAUCACUUGUACCCGAGGACACCAUGAGGACUCUGAGCUGCACCGUGGGACUCCUGCUGUCCGUCUCCAUCUACUGCUGCAUCGCCAUGCCCCAGGCAGUGGAACAAAUGUCACAUGGGGUGUGCUGCUUUACAUUCUCUACAGUAACGGUCCCGAAAAACAACAUCGUCUCCGUCACCAAGACCCACCGCAGCUGUCCUGAAAAGGCAUUUGUGGUCACAACUGUCAAAGGGAGGCAGUUCUGCGUGGGCCACUAUGUGAACUGGGCUCAGAAAGCCUUCAAGCAGCAGCAAGUCACCGAGGGCUAGUGCUCGUCCUCCUGACGCUCGUCCUCCUGACGCUCGUCCUCCUGACGCUCGUCCUCCUGAUGGUCGUCCUCGUCCAAUCGCCCUGCAGCUUACUUUCAAACACCCGUUAACCAUUUGAGCCAUUAACCCUUAUUUUGCGUUAUUCUUCAUAUUACCAUUUUACCAAAUGUAUCGAUGCAUGCAUUCAUGAAACAACAAAUACAUAUCUGUUUGGCUGUUGCUUAAUAAAGCUUGAGAAGGGCCACAGCGUGGUGA